AUGAACUUCUUGUCAUAAAACAUGUGAAGUGUUUUCAUUCUUCUUUCUAUUCUAUUAAAUCUGUCAAACUGAAUCUAUGGAGAUAUUGUCAGAACUUCUAUUUUUCAUUCUGAUGAAAUGUUCACAGUCAGCAUAGAUAGGACAAAGACCCUGAUAUGAUCAUUGUUGCUAUUCACACUCCUUGGCAGAUCUAGGAUCAGGAUCACACAGAUCUAGGCUCAGCUUUCCUUCCUCCAAACCUAACCUUAACCAUUUGUUGUGGAAAUGCAAAACGGACCUAAGAUCAGUGUCUAGGGACAACUUCCCCCCACACCACCAGUCACAGAGUGAGAUCCAUAAUGUGCUCUCCAUUUGAAGGCUGGGGGUGCUGUAAACUCAGUCAGGAUAUAUGUAGUUUAUAUGUCAAUUAACAGGAUCCCAAUUUAUUUUAGCAGAUCCAAUAUUGGGUCCCUGUCAAUUCACACAUACAUAAUGUUUGUUUUUCACUGAUUAGAAACUAAAGCUGGAACAAGUCACAUGGUGGCCAAUGUUGUGUGGAUUUGACAGUUUCCCCUUCACUGUGGUUGACAGUUUAAAAAAUAGUGACACUACCAUUAGUUACACAGACGUAGGACAGUGCAGGGACAAGACACAGAGUUGAGGUUAGAAGUAUAAGUUACUGUAUUUCACCACAAGUGUUUAAUUAUGUCAGAGGGAGUCUAUGAAAUCCCAGAUGGAUUUGAAGAAGACGAGCCUGAUGCAAUGAAGAACACAGACAUUGAUGGAAAAUUAUAUGCCAACGUAAGAGCCUUCAAGCCCAGUCCAAGACAUGGAGUUGUUGCUUCAGCACAUGUUCAGUGGUGGAAGAGACCCUCUGGAGUUGCUGCAGUGUGUCUGGGGCUGCUGUGUGUUCUCCUACUGGCUGGGAUCAUAGUCCUGUCUGUCUACUAUAGAGUCAUUGAUAAUCACAACUCAACACAGAUAUACCAGCUACAGACCAGUUACAACAACCUGACUAAAGAGAGAGGCCAGCUACAGACCAGUUACAACACCCUGACUAAAGAGAGAGACCAGCUACAGACCAGUUACAACACCCUGACUAAAGAGAGAGAACAGCUACAGACCAGUUACAACACCCUGACUAAAGAGAGAGACCAGCUUCAGACCAGUUACAACACCCUGAGUAAAGAGAGAGACCAGCUUCAGACCAGUUACAACACCCUGACUAAAGAGAGAGACCAGCUUCAGACUAGUUACAAUACCCUGACUAAAGAGAGAGACCAGCUUCAGACCAGUUACAACACUCUGAUUAAAGAGAGAGACCAGCUUCAGACCAGUUACAACACCCUGACUAAAGAGAGAGACCAGCUUCAGACCAGUUACAACACCCUGAGUAAAGAGAGAGACCAGCUUCAGACCAGUUACAACACCCUGACUAAAGAGAGAGACCAGCUUCAGACUAGUUACAACACCCUGACUAAAGACCAGAGACCAGACCAGCUUCAGACCAGUUACAACACCCUGACUAAAGAGAGAGACCAGCUUCAGACCAGUUACAACACCCUGACUAAAGAGAGAGACCAGCUUCAGACCAGUUACAACACCCUGACUAAAGAGAGAGACCAGCUACAGACCAGUUACAACACCCUGACUAAAGAGAGGGACCAGCUACAUUCUGACAGAGUUUUUCUUAGCGGGAGGCUUUCCAAUCUCAAACAAACCUGUCCUGAACGCUGGCAGAAGGUUGAAUCCAGUUGGUACUUCCUGUCUACUGAGACUAAAACCUGGAAGGAGAGCAGAGAGGACUGUCUGGAGAGAGGAGCAGACCUGGUGAUCAUAAACAGUGAUAAGGAACAGGAGUUUCUCUUCAACAUCAACAAGGGAGUCUGGAUUGGUCUGACUGACUCUGUUACUGAGGGGACCUGGAGAUGGGUGGACAGAACCCCACUGACCACCCGAAGGUACUGGUCUCCAAAUCAGCCUGAUAAUGGUGGUGGCAAACCAGAAUAUGGUGAGGAGGACUGUGUUCAGAUACAUGAAGAACAGAGUCCUCGAACAUCAUGGAAUGACUUGUCAUGUGACAGCAAACUCAACUGGGUUUGUGAGAAAGUGCUUUAACAUCACCAUGACAACAUUCUGUAACACAUACAGUAGCCUACAGCGCACACAACUUCCUCCUUCAUUCUCUCGCUCUCUCUCUCACGCACACACCCUCCUUCACACACACGCACAAACACUUGCAUGCAUGUACACAAACACACACACCUAUUGUUGUAUUUGUUUGAAAUAUCAUAUUAAUAAAAGUCCUACUUAUUUCCUGUUUGUAA